AUGGCUUGUGGAGAACAAUGCCUCAGUGUUUUCCUUCACGAAGGCAAACCCACUGGAGUUCUAUCGAAAAUCGAUAACGUUGAGGUUUACAUCGCGACUCCACCGGAACCGAUCCCUCAGAAGGCAAUCUUGAUAUUUCCGGAUAUCUACGGAGUACAUUUGAAAAACACCCAGUUGCUCGCUGACAGACUCGCAGCAGAUCUCAAUCUCCCCACCUACCUAAUUGACACAUUCUCAGGCGGUUGCGCACCUGAGCCGGGCACGCGCGAUGGCUUUGUUUUAGCAGAUUGGCUCAAAGAUCAUGGACCAGAAAAGGUGCUUCCAAUCAUUGAAUGCGUGAUGCAGCAUCUCACCCAAAGAGGAAUCAUCAAGUUUGCCGCCGUUGGUUAUUGUUUUGGUGGGAAAUAUGUAUUCAUGGCGUCACAAAAGAACUGGAUCCAUGUGGGAGCUACAUCUCACCCCAGCUUGUUGCAAAAUCCCGACGAUAUCAACAAGUUGCUUGAAACCAGUCAAGUUCCGCUAUUAAUCAACUCCUGCGAGACCGAUCAACAAUUCCCGGCGGAAUUUCAGAAAAAAACGGAUGAGAUUUUGGGCGAUGGCAAAUACAAGCCUGGUUACAAGCGGAACUAUUAUGCUGGUGCAACCCACGGUUUUGGUUGUCGAGCCGACUUGAGCAACCCUGCCGAAAAGGAGGCAUUCGAUAAAAGUUUUGUAGAAACUGUAAACUGGUUCAAAACUCACAUCUGA